AUGGAGCGAAGGAUCCUGAAAAUGUGUCAGCCCUGUCUUCGGGACGACAACCCAGCUGAACUGCGGCAUUGCGGAGUCAGUGGUCGCGGCGUAGCCACUUGGAAUCUCGAGCGCGAAAAGAAGCGCGAGUCGAUCUCCUCGCGAGAUCUUGAUAAGAUAAUCAAGGUGUCGCGCGGAUACCUCAUCACCUCGGAAUGUCUCCGGCUUCGCGGGAUUGAUACUCUCCCCUCUUGGAUUCUUCGUCGCGGGGACGAGGUCCUUUUCGGUUGGUUCUUACGCGAGGAAGACAGGACAUCAGGGAGAGGGCAUCGCACGCUAAAACGCACCGAACAAGGAGGAGGAGGAGGUUCUCCGCCGAAACGGCAGCAGGUCUCCGACACAACUAGGAACAAGAUGCGUUGCAGCCAAGGCGUGGCGAUGGUAUUCGAGGACGCGUUCGUCGUCUUUUCGCGUUUUUUGUCGCUCAAGUCGCGAGGCUGCGCACUCUUGGAAACGCACCGGCAGCGCGAGACCACCGGCAUCAAGAAACUGUACAACAGCUUCUUCGUGAUGUUCUAAGAGAGGCUGGCCAGCGCGCGUACUCGGCCCUGAACCACCGUAGA